CGCCCCUUGAGCGGAGGCGGAAGACCUGGGAACGCGCGAGCGGCUGAUGGAGGGGAGUGGAGCCGCGGCCGGCCGGGGCCUCUCCGCACUCCUGGCAGAAAGAGCCAAGAAACGAACCUGCGAGCCCAGAAAUGUAUCGGAGCUACAGGAGGCUGCUCUGCGUCUUCUGAGUCGUCAUCAGAAUCUGAGUGACCUCUUGCUGGAGGUGGGAAGUUCAGAAUGUAGCAAGCCAUUAUAUUCUGGCAGUUCAUGUGUUGGUGACUGUGAAGAUUCCGCUCCAGAAUCAUUUGUGGUCUCCGCCCUGCAGGAAGAGGCCUCUGUGCUUGGUGUGCCACUAGGAAUCUUGUCAGCCAGAAUGGCAGCCGCCAACAUUGAGAAGAUCUCUGCAGAGUGUGGGAAGGCUGUGCUGCUGAACGUAGAGCAAAGGCAAAAGCUAUCCUGCUUCCUUCAGACCUUGAGGGAUUUAUUAGCACGCAAUUCUUUCUGCCGUUUGCUGUUCGCUCAAGAGCUCUGGAGAAUGCAGAGCCCCCUCAUCCUGGAGCUUGCUUGGCGGCUGCACAGAGAAGGCCUCCUUUGCCUGGAGGAGCUGCUGGAGAAUCAUCCGGACGCGUCCGCCUUGGUGGAUUGGCUGUGCAGCAGCUUCCGUCUUCUGUGCCGUCAAGCAGAAGGUUCUUCCCUGGACACGGAGGCCCUACAGCACAUUCUCACAGACUUUGUGACUGUGUUUCUUCAUAACGGAUUCCAGAAAACAUCAGAGACGGAAAAGAAUUUGGAUUCUCAGCUGGUCCCCUCCAAAAUCUACUGUGCUGUACUGGAGGGAAUGCUGGCAUGGGUACUUGAUGUGAUAGCCAAAGAAAAACAAGAAGAUUCUUCUACAUUGAGGGCUGUGGAGUGUUGGCUCCGGUGUAAUUUCGAAGCAGCUUGGCAGCAUCUCAAAGGCACAGUUUCUUCGAAAGGUCGCUGCAGCGGUUGGCUUCAAUGGCCACUGCUACUUUCACUUACCCACGUGCUUAGCCCACAGCCCUCAGCUAAGAGAAGACUCUGUAACAGAAGCCUUCGCCAAGUCUGGGCUUCUGCUUUGUUAUGUGAUACCAGCUCCAGAAAGAGAAUGUUUGCAGCACAACCACUGUUUGUGGUGCUCGGAGCAGAGGAGCUGACCGGUCACCUGCAGCAAGUGCUGGAGGCUAACGAAGUGAACUGGCAUCAUGUGCUCUCCUGCAUUUCCACACUGUUAAGUCUCUCUACUCCUAUUGGAGACAGCUGGGUUAAAGAUCUCUUGGGCCACCUGUUGACAAAAGGCUUUAAGAACUACGACCUGGAAAGCUUGAUCCGCGGCAUUCUUAAUGCGCCGCGAGCAGCCACCAGAAGACCUGCGCUGUUCACGCCUUAUUCUGAAUGGUUUAAGCUUGCCUUUGGGAGUGCCAGUGGUUUCCAUGGCAGCAGCAAGAAGGCCGUGGUCUUCCUCUUCCAGUUCCUGUCAGAGCUGGUGCCCUUUGAAGCCCCUCAGUAUUUGAAGGUCCACAUCAUGCAUCCUCCUUUCGUGCCUGCUAAAUACCGCCCCGUUCUGCUGGAAUAUAUCGCUCUGGCCAAAACUCGGCUGGCAGAUUUCAAGAUUGCGAUAGAAGACAUGGGCCUCUAUGAGGAUUUAUCUUCCACAAAGGAUGCUGUGCAGCCACACUGUCAGGCGCUUCAAGAUGUUGAAAAGGCUGUCCAGAUAUUUGCAGACACGAGGAAGAUUCCUGCAGUUGUGUUGGAAGCCAGUGUCUUCAGGAGGCCCUAUUACACUGCCCGUUUCCUUCCCGCUUUGCUCAUGCCACGUUUGCUCCCUGAAACACCAGAUUCACACAUGACUUUAAUAGAUGCCCUAAAGAGGGCUGAAAAGAUUCCUCCGAAUAUGUAUUCCAGGUUUAUUGAAGAAUGUCAGUCUGUUAAAGAGAAGUUCUUACAAGGUGGCUGUUCUGAAACUAAGAGAGGUGACCUCAAGCAGCCCUUAGAACUAUUGAAGGCUGAACUCAGAGCCCUGAAACAGCUGGUUACGGACCAAAGCAUGCAAGAUGGUGUGCCUGCUCAAGUGGCUGUUAUAUCUGAGAAACUUGCAGGUGUCCUGGGUCGUACGAAAGAUGAGGAUGAAGUAGCUUUGCUAAACCUUAGAAUCAAGCUUCACCUUUCUGUCCCUGAAGUGCAGCAGCAGGACCAAGAGGUCAUUGAUCUUCUGCUGACAUCAUUUUGCCAGAAUGUAAUGGCUGCUUCCUACUUCAGUCCUCCGGACAGGCAAGGGAUCUGGCCAUCCCUCUUCGUGAAAAUGGUUUGUGGACACCGGCAACUCUUGCCUUCCCUGCUCAGCCGGCUCUGCCAGCUUAUUUAUCAUCAGGGUCCUUCUCUCAGUGAUGCUCACAUCAUAGGCCUGGCUGUCUUUGUGGUCCAUUUAAAUGAAGUUGAAUCUUUGAUUCCGGAAGUGGAUAUCUACUCCUGGGUUCCACACGGUGUCACUGCCAGAGGCCUGCCUGUGGCUAAACUCUGGGAUCAUCUCUUGGCCUGCAGGACAGGAGAGUCAACAGUCUUCUGCAUGCGGUUUUGUACAGCAGCUGUCGCUUAUUCUCUAUGCAAGUAUUCUUCCUCUUCUCCUGAGUUCCUAAUCACCUCAAUUCAUCCUGGUUUUGUAAAAAAGCUCCUAUACGUUGUGCCGCGGCUCAGUGUGGAAGCUCGAGGCACCAGCUGCGGAGGAGACCUGGCUGAGUUUCCUUGGAGGCCUUUAUCCCACUCUGCCCUCGGCUACCAGAAAGCUGCCCUCUGCUUGUGGAAGCAAACGUGCUUUAAGAGACUCUUGCAAGAGAAAACAUUCCAGUUGACCCUCCAGGAGUGGCUGCAGCUGGAACUAGGAGUCCAUCCUGAUGAAGACGUCCUUUCUGCUUCCGAAAGGCAGGAGUUCCAUUACUGGGCUUUGUAUCAGCACUAUCUCCCUGCCCCUGCUGCCCGUGGAGGCUGUGAUGGGGACCUGCGCGAGGCCAGUGCUGUUCUCAUCAGCUCCAUCCUGGAUUUCUGCCAGAGGUCCGAGUUGUCCAAUGACGGCCACUUGGAGAAGCCAAAACACUCCGUUCCCCCGAGGAGAGGAAACCCUGAGAUCCAUUGCCGAUUGCAGGAGAUGCUGCUGGAAGUGGAACUGGCGCACAGGAGAGCCCUGCCCGACAGCCAUGUGGCUGAGGAGCACUUCCUCUUCAGGAUGCUUCGGGAGCGGACCAAAGCUCUGGGGGCAGAUUCGGCCGAGGGGGGAAGGCUGCUCAGGCAGCAGGAGCUGACCCUUCAAACAAGGAUGCUCUUGGGUCUCCCUCCGUCACUUCUCAUCACAACCCAGUGGAAAGGGAACGAGGUCACCUUGGACUGCGAGGACUUCUUUUGUUUUGUAAAUACGGAACUGAAGAACGUCUGUAGCAGGGGCUAUGCGCUCUCCUAUGACAUCACGGCUCACUUCUUCAGGGGCCUGCUGAGUGCCAGUCUGGAAUGCAGCCGGUCUGCGCAGGAGGUGACUGCAGUUUUGGCAUCAUGUCGAACCAGGUGUCCAGUACUCCUUUGUUCCGCUGCGUGCUGGUGGCAGAAGCUGGAGCCUGUGCUGUUCUGUGAGUGGAGGAGACUCUUCGCGGCGCCGCUGCCUCUGGGAUUGCAGCAGCUUGGGGAGCUACAGAGCUCUGCCAGCAGCUUCCUCUCCUCAGACGCAUCUUCUCUGGCCUCCGACGUCCCCUGGAUUUCUGCUGCUUUUCUGCAUUUCGCCAUUCAGCAGCGAGCAGAGUGUGCAAAACCAGGAGAAGUGGUGGGACGGUUGGGGCCUGCAUCAGAACAACUCCUGCUGUGCCUCCUCUUCUUUUCAGUCAUGGAUUUCAUCUCGGCAAGGGCAGCCCCACCGGAAGGGCUGGAUGGGCCCAGAGCCUUGGACUGGAGCUCUCAGAUAGCCCAGAGGCUGGAGGGAAAAGGCCUGGGCUGGCUGGCCGUCUUCUGCUCGGGAGAGACAGAGUGCAGCCGUUGUCAAAUCCUGCGGGGGGCUGCAUCAGAUCACCACCUGAAGCAACUGCCAGUGGCCUUCUACAGCCUCCUCUUCACCUUGCAGCCAGAACGGAUGCUCAGAGAGCCGAUGUUCUUGCCCGUGGCUGUCGACAUGUACAUACAGCUGCUGCAGCUCUUUAGGGAAGGCACCGUGGCACCGAGGCUGGCCCAGGAGUCACACAGGGAUGGCGAGGAGCCCGGGGAUCCUUUAGCAGUGAUAGAAGCAGCAAGGCAAUUCCUAGUCCGGGCAAUCCCGCAGUGUCCUCUGGAGAGCUUCUCCCACCUCCAUCAGUUACUGGAUCUGUGUGGGGAGCUUGACCCUGAGCUGAAAGCCGCCCUCACGAACUGCUGGCAACCCACGGCAGAGGGGAGUCUGUCUGAUGAAGAGCUGCUUCUUUUCUGAGGGACGAGGGAGGCUGCAGUUGGGUCUGGGAAGCAGGCAAAAGCAGACGGAGGAUGCGGGCAAGAAACAGAGAGCAUCUCCUGGGGCCGAGUCACUCCAAGCUACCAUGUAAAUAAUUUAUUACAAGCAUAACCAUGACUUUGUUACAAUAAAAAUUAGGUUACAAA